AUGGUGUUGACAACUACCACUGCUGCUGGACAAGUUGAAUGGACAUGCAUCAGGAUCAACGGACGGAAGACUAUCGCACUUCACUUCACUUUGGAUUUUAUCGCCAUCGACUCUUUAAUGGAUGGGUUUAGUUACAUUAUAGACACAGUAUUCUACGACAUGUAG